AUGAGAUUUAUAUUGGGAAUCACAAAUGAUUUGUCAAAGGCAUUACAAAAGAAAGAUCAAGAUAUUGUGAAUGCAAUGAUGUUGGUCCAAAGAUGUAAGCAAAAGCUACAAUCCAUGAGGGAUGAUGACUUUGAUGAUCUGCUUGGCAAAGUAUCAAUAUUUUGUGGCAACAAUGAUAUUGAUGUUCCUAACAUGGAUGAUUUAUUUGUACCACAAGGGAGAUCACGUCGUAAAGCUCAGAAAAUCACAAACCGCCAUUAUUAUCGUGUGGACCUAUUUCUUACUAUCAUUGAUAAGCAACUAGUGGAAUUGAAUAAUCGCUUCACUGAGGUAAAUACUGAUUUGCUUCUUUGUAUGGCAUGUUUGAGUCCGGCUUAUAAUUUUGCAGCUUUUGACAAACAACAAAUACUUCGUUUUGCUCAAUUUUACCCUCAAGAAUUUAAUGACCGAGACCUCAUGAAGCUUGAAGAUCAACUUGGGCUUUAUAUUGUUGAUAUGCAGAGCAGCACUGUGUUUUCAUCAUUGAAAGGAAUUACUGAUCUGGCAGAAAAAUUGGUGAAUACAGGAAAGGAGUAG